AUGUUCUCAGCAACGAUGGCAUGGCAGUUACAAUGUGUACUGUUAGUUUUAUUAUGUGCAGCAGAGAGCACUUAUUCAGGUAAGGUUUGUUAAAAUUAAGCUAUCUGUAUUCGUUCCCGCUUGGGGAAACGGAACUGGCCGCGAACACGAAAUUUUCAGUGUAUCUGCAGAAACUGAAGACAUAACGUGGAUUUUACUUUUGUUACAUGCAGAUAAAAGCUUAUCGUAAAAGCUUAUCGUUUCGUCUCGUGUCUAAAUGCUUAAUUUGUGAUUGUAACAGCUGCUUUCAGUACAACAUUUUGUCUUUGAAAUUUGAUAAUUAGACAUACACGGUAGACCAGUGUUAAUCAAAUAAAUCAAUUUGUGUGCUAAUUAACUCAGUUUCCUUUUUUUGCCGAUGGGGUCAGCUUUUUCCCUGGCAAUGGACUAAGAUAAAAGUUCAUGUUCUUAAUUCAAUUCUACAUUUUGAGUUGAACUGUUUUUAAAGUUUCAUCUUAAGUGGCAGGCUCUUAAAAGUUUCGCUUCACUCGGCACACUUUUAUGUUGAAGCACUAAUGAAGUUUCAUUCUAACGUCGCAACGUUUGGUUUUCUAACUUGGCUUCAUAGAAAUACAAGGUUUACAGUUGACUCCUGAUAAUUUGAACUCGCUGUAACUCGAACGAAAUUCAGAAAAUGUAAUGAGCGUAUUAUGGAAGAGCUAGAUAAUUGUCAAGCAUUCUUGUUACGUUGUUACAAAGAGACGCUCUGUUACCGCUCUUCGUUAAACAAAGAUAUUUUAUUCUGUUUUACAGCAGUCAAAUACAGUACCAGGUCCAGUUGUUCAAACGUUAGAUAGCGAUAAAAACCGGAUAAAUUAAUAUCCAGUGGAUAAUUGCGUUAUACACACGAAACAGAUUUAUCCAGUGGAUAGGUUAUUUACCAUUUGAACAACUGGGCUCCGGUACAAAGAAAAAACUAAUAAAAAGACUGUUUGUAAUUAUUGUUAUUAUUAUCAUUAUUUUUUUAUCACCCAUCGUGUUUUCCUACCAUUCGAUAAAAUAACUCGAAAUCUUUACAACUCUCUUGGGUGAUUACCCUUCGAAGUUAGUUUUUAGCAUGUCGCCUUUAUUUGUUUCCUGUUUUCCAAAAAGGAACAAUAAUCUUCUACGUGUCGUGGUUUAUAAGGAAGCGUAAUUAUUAUCUAGUAUUACGCAUCUGACAAGAACCACAAAGGCCCAAACUAUUGUCAGCGGUAACCGCCGCGAGAGUUUGGUAUUUUUGAGUGACCAACUUAAGUUCCUUUGACAAAAAAGUUCUUGAAGAUCGAAAAAAGACACUUGUGGCCUUUUCUCUUUGAUAUAUUUGUUUCAGCACCGACUUAGCAGAGAAUCGUGUGAAUAUAAGCAACUUUGAAUAUUUUAUGACAAGUCAUGCAUACAAUAAUAAAUUUCUUGUUCCUGCCAAAUAAGAUAAAACUAAUAAACAAAACUAAAGAAGACAAAAAUACCAAAAAAAGGCCAUUGCUGGUGCCUUUUUUGUAAGAACUCGUAACGUAACGCUGUUGGUUACAAUAUUAUGUUAAUUAGGCUCUAAAAUAUAUUCGCAGAAUCUGAGUCGAUGAUUUAAUAUUGUGGUUCAUUGUUUCUCAAAGGAUUUUACUAGAACGCGGAACAGGGGCGCGGGGAACGAAAAAAUGGAAAAUGAAAACAAAACAGAGAAUUGGAAAUGAAGGCCUAGGAUUCAUCUUAGGUUUCGUUCCCAUUUCUCAUUUUUUCCAAGUGCACACGUUUCAAAGAACGCAACAUCACUUAGAUGAGGUGAAGAUCACUAGUAAAAUCCUUAUUCUAAUGAUCCAUACAUCUAUCUAUUUGUUUAAAAAAUUCUUCAUUUUUAUCGGUUAGUCUCAUCUUAAGUAUGCACCUUAUGCAAUCUUGAAUUAUACUAACUUUUUUGUUCUUGAUCAUUAGUCUGCACUUCCCUUCUCAAAAACAAUGGAAAUGUAACCUUCACGGUAUCCUCUAGUUCCGUUGGUCCUGGGUAUCCUGUGCUACAUGGCCAAGACGUUUGGUGUGCCAAAUUCAUAAACGGUGAACAGUUUCUGAAAGUGGAUUUAGGUAAUAUUUCAGAGCCCUUGCUUAAAUUUAGAAGUAUUCCGUAGGUAAAUGGGUGCGACCAUAAGGAGCCCCCGAUCAUGGGUUUCGUGUUGGUCAAAAUCUAGCAUGUACAGGCUGUUAUACCCGAUGAACUUCCGUCAAAAAUAAUAUUAACGAAAAGAAUGCAGAUUUGCUCGUUACGACCUAAGGUAAGUUGACCACUCCAGAAAAUAUCAUAAAAUACCAUAAUGCUCUUUCUUUGUCGCUCCAAAAUUUUGCAUAAGCAUUGUUUUCAGUUUCUCUUGCGGCCAUUUUAACUCCCAAGAGAAACUGAAGACAAUGCUUAUGCAAAAUUUUGGGGUGAAAAACAAAGAGCAUUAUGCUAUGUUAUGGUAUUUUCUGGAGUGGUCAAUAUAGCUUAACUAAGGUAAGUGCAAAAGGAUCGAUAUGUAGCCCUCAAUCUCCAACCUUUGGUUUAUACUUGCGUGAGGUAUAACCAGGCGUUUUAUGGAAAGGUAAAAAAAAAAAGCAGAGAAUCAUGUUCCUUAAGCACAUUCUCAAAGUAAAUUAUUCCGAUGACGUGACUUGGCAAAAGUAGUAAAUAAAAAAGGAAUAAUUAAAAAGAAGAAGAAGAAGAAAGAAGGAGUGACAGACUGGCUUACUGACUGACUGGAUAAAUGAAUGAAUGAUUAUAUAAGUGAAUGAAUCAAUCAAUCAAUCAAUGCGUAUAGUAUAUAGUCUGGUAUGGUAUGGUAUAGUAUAGUAUAGUAUACCUUUAUUGCGCCUUACUUUCCAAAGGGAGGUAUCGGUCUAGUUACCAUAAGGUUUUAAAUAUAUAUUACUGUAACAACUUAACUAUUGAAACAAAACCGAAAAUCUACAACAAUAACAACAAAAUUACAAUACAUACGAUUAUGAUAAUAAUUAAAUAAACAAUCGCAUUUGGAGUCAGGAGCUCUUGCCUGUUUUGAAAAAUUAGAUAGUCAUUUUGCUAUGAUUGGAGAGGUGUCAUCGUUAUCUAACUUAAGUAGAUAGAAAAUUGGUCACGUUCCGCUAGACUGGCAAAGUGAACAUCAUUUUUUGAGAUAUGAAAAUAAAGUUGCUGCCUAAGAAUCGUUAUAUUCUCUACAAAGUAUUAGGUAGUGCGUUUCGUCUUCUAUACAGUUUCUUUUGCAAACUAAGUAUUUCCUUUGUCUACUGGUAUGGAUGCACAUUUAUCUUGAUAUCUUCCUGUUUCUAAGCGUAAGGAGUGAACUCCUAAUCGUAGCUUCCUAAUGUUGAUUUUAUGUGCUGGAUUUCUACCUUUUUAACUUGUGGAUCACGUGUAGCGUAGGAACGAGUUAUUAUGGACACUGCCAUAUGCAAAUGUAUCACUCAGGUGUAGACACUUUCGUAAUUAGUCCGCCCGCACGACAGCGCCCGAUAUCAAGUAGACAAUUGCGGUAGCUCAAUCGUUCCAGAACGUCCCUGUGAUCAAGCGUGCAUUGUGCCCGCAGCCUUCAAUGUUUUGAUUUUGUAGUUUUUGCAGGUCGAUUAGCCGUCUUCAAGUGGACUUCGAAUGUUUCAAAUUAGCACUAGGGCCAACUUGGAGACUGAAUUUCAUGAACGUUUGACUCGUCCAAGCGCCAAACAUCAUGAAGAGAUAAGGAAUUGCUCUUCGUCUCCCAAAGCUCACGACGAGUAUUAGCUGUAUAUCAGGAGGCAAAUAAGUUCCAGCUCAUUGCUGGAAGGUGACCUCAAAAUGAGUAGACCUCAUGCUAAUGCUUUUAGCGUUGAUGAGGAUGAGAGUUUACUUAUUUGUCAAACAUAUACUGUGGGACGAGCAUUUCUUGAAAGAAAAAAAAGUCUUUAAGCACGCUAAGCACUGGCUGCACAAUUGACGAGUUCAUGAUGCGAAUUAUUAACCACUGAGCACGUGGUCAACCAGGAAAUAAACAUCCCUUGGAAGAAAUAUAUAUAAUGAUUUCUGCUUAAAUACUAGAAUAAAAUAUGGAGACGUCCGCCGUGCCAGAGAACUGUCGAACUUACAAAUAUGUAAGAAAAUUAAGCUAAUUAAAAUGUUCUGAAAGUGUAUAAAGUCAAGUAGAAAUGCAAUGAGCUUUAUAUUACAUAUUAUAUUGAAAAACUUUUUAUCCUUUGAUUGUGGAGUUUACCUUGCAACUAGAUUGUGCAGAAGUAGACCCGUAGGUAAAAAUAAAAAAAAAAAUGCUUGUUCAUCUUACUGUUGCAUGACAAGGUAAAAGUAAUAUUGUACUGUUGUGGCAGAUGAGACACUUAAAAUGAAAAUGGCGGAUGUGAUAUAUAGAUCAGCAUUAUGUGUGGUCCUAAAUAAAUAUGUACUUGCUGUGACUAGUUGUGGUAUGGAUCAUCAGUUAAAAAGUGUGAUGCUUACAAAUACACUCAGAAAAGAACAAAAAAACUGCUUGCUGUUUGCAUAACUGGUAAAACUAGUGCAGACAAUACCGUAUGGGGUAGCUCAACAUAUAAUUUGAAAAAUGGGCGCAAAAGAGACUUGUUUUUGCUAUGAUUCGCGUAUGAGAAUGCUAGCAAUGACUCAGUUUUACAGUUUGUGUAUAAACUAAGUGUAUAACAUGCAAAAAGUACAAUUGUAAUGCUUCAUGAAUAUUUAAGUAGAUAAAAGCUUCAGUUAAAAGAUGGCUAUCUGUCUUAUAACUGAUUCAAUCUGUACCAAUAACAAAAAAGAGAGGUCUUAAUGUGUCGGUAGAGAGAGGGUAUAAUCCAAGUUCUGAUCUAGAAGCUAAGUUUUCCACAUACCAUGAGAUGUUUAAUGUUUGUUUGCAAAAUUUAAUGUGAACUUAUUUAGCUAGCUCAAUUGUACUUUUAUCAAAAUGUGUUUAUAACACUGAGCUAGAAUAUUCGCCUGAUCAAAGUCAUUGAACAGCGCGGGCGUGCUUCAUAUUCCUUUUGAGCACGCUGAUGACGUUAACAAACUAAAACCUCGCCGAGUUCUUGUGAGCUUAGCAAUCCUCCUAAGUACAUCCAUAACUUAACAGUACAAGAUGAACGGUUUUCCAUGUGUUUUGUAAUGCUGGCUAAAGAGAAACACUUUCGUUUGAGUUUGUUAACAGAUAGUAGGCAAACGUCGUUGUUGUCAUCCGCGCGAGGUAUGGCGUGCGCAAAUCAAUCAAUUUUUUCGUUCAAGAAGAAUUUUUCGGUGAAUUACAAGUUUUCCGACUCAAUAUAGAUUCUAAAACCUUUUUGAAUGUUAUCUUAAGCGACCUCUGUAAACUUUCUCUUAGUUUAAAAAAAAAUUAAAAAAAUAAAAACAGCAAAUAGUCAACUAGACAUUGUCGCGCACUGCUUUGAGCGCACGCUAUAGUGAUAGUAAUAAAAUUUUAAGUUAAUUGCCGCAUUGAAAAUGUUAUAAAACAUCUGUGCGUAUGUCGAAAUAUGAAGCACUUGAGAAGUUUGGAGAGCACUCAAGAGGCUAGAGUUGCUCUCGGUAACUCGUGAGUCUCCUUCUCGAUCCUUCGUGCUCUCCAAACUUUCCGCGUACUUCAUAUCGCGACAACCGCACGCUGACUCAUGAACCAAUGGUUAAUUUGCAUGACAAAAAUUCAGGUCCCUAUAUUUCAUUACCAUAAAGAAGUAAAAGUUUUACAAGGGUAUCAAAAUUUAAAAGAUUAUUUCUUGUCUCGACCGCCGCACAAUCGAUGUUAGAAUGCAACUGUUAAAUUUUAGCAGCAUUUUUGCAGAGGAUUUCUCUUGCAUAGGUGUAACGACCAGAGGAUGUCAUUUCUAUUCCCAGGUAGGUUUGUUGUAAAUGAAUGAAAGGAAGAAAGAAAGAACGAAUGAACGAACGAACGAACGAACGAACGAACGAACAAAUGAAUGAAUCAAUGAAAGAAUGAGAGAAAAAGACAACAGUGAUUGCUGAUUUCUUUUCCUUAUUGAACGCGAUUUUAACUGCUUUUUCUAUUUCUAUCAUAAAAUAUAGAAUUUAGGCAUCAGAUUAUUAAAAUGUUAUUAUUAUCAUUAAUAUUAUUAUUAUUUCAUUCUAGAAUUUUAUUUAUCAAUUGAUUUCUAUUACUUCGCUGAUUUUUAGGCUCUAUCUUCACAUUUGAUCAAGUGUUUGUCCAGGGAAUGCCUGGUACCCACAGAUCUGUCUUCAAGUAUUACGUGAAGACAAGCAUAACUAGGCGUGGUUUUGUCCAAAUUGAAGGAGAGGGAGGUCAAAAGGUAUUGUAAUAAUAAUAAACCAAUCUUUAUUUAAGUAUCAGUAUAAUUCACAGCGAACCUUAUAGUGUGUGUUUUUUCGACACAAUCACACGGUUUUAGCGUCGCAUUCUCUCUUUUAGUUCUACAUCCGCACAAGUAACAGGUUCAAGCACUGUACAGUUUAACUUAAUUGAGCCAGAAACUCUUCCCUGUAUUAGCUGUUUAUGUUUCCUUGAGAAAUAACGUCAGGUAUGAUCGAUCUCCCAUGGUUAACAAAAAGAGGCAAUUUUUUUUAAAAAAUAUAUCAAUCAAUCAAUUAUUAUUAUUAAAAAAAGAAAAAGCAGUUUUGUCACCGUUUCAAAUUGGCUUGUUGAACUUUAUCGACUGGCUGUAAUUCAGUUGCUAUUUUUUUUCUAACAACCAAAAAAACAACAACAACAAAUAUAAAACAAACACAAAACAAGGCAACGAUAACAAAUAAUGACUUUCCAUCAAGCCAAUGAUCAGUUCAAGGGGAAAAGUUUGGAAAACGCUAUUAUUUAAAUGUGCAAAGUGCAUAUUUCAAUUAUAAUUAAGCUACGUGGGCAUAAAAUAACAGACAACACCGUAAGGAAAGAAAUAAAUCAAUAAAAGAAAUAAAUCAAUAAAUCAAGAAUGUGAAAAACUUAUCUUGAUUUACAUUGUGAUUUAGUAACGAAGCGCUGAACGAUAUACGUUGUACGUUCACACAUGAGUGUGGAACGUUACUGACUACAUUUGGCCUUGGUAAUCCUACAGUUUCAUAGUCAUUAAACACACAAAUAAAACGGUUAUUCAUUGUGUAUCGUUCCCUCUUUGGCAGGUCUUUUUUGGCCCAUUUUGUGACGGAGAUGCCGUGGUUGGCACCAACCUUACCAGUCCCGUGCAGGCCCGUUGGAUUGUUUUUAAUCCACAAAAACCAUUUUUUGGCAAUAGUCCCUGCAUGCGCAUUGAUAUUAGGAGCUGUCAGAACAGUAAGUGAUGAAUCUCUAUAAGACUAUGUACGACAACGACUGUCGUCUUAAGACUAUAUUUUUCCUCAGAUUAUUUUCAGAGUCUGUUUCUGCCAUAAGGAGACUGUGGUUGGAUGGCCUCUUCAAUCUAAUGAGAUUCAAUGGCGGAGACGUGGCAUUUGAAACUUAGACGAUCGUGUCUCCGUCCACAGCACUAUCAUGAAACCACACAAAUAAAGUGUUAUUUUCAAGUAGAUUAUUUAUCGAGAAAUUAAUCAUAAUUGACAAAUGAUAACAGGUGAAUUAGCUUUUAUUUUUCCUCCACAGCACCCCCAGCAACUUCAUCAACAGUCCCACCAACUUGCGAUUCACUGCGACCAGGUAUCGAAUAUGUUAAAAAUAGGUAA